AGCUUUGCUAUCACCCGUGGCGAGAAGGGGAUCGUCCAGGCGCGGUUCUAUCUUACUUCGGGGUUGUAUAUCAUACCCAUUAUCCCCUUUUCAUCAUCAACACCCUUUUCAUCUAACGCGUUUGUUACUCGCGCAUCACGAUUACUCCCUUCCAUCUAAACCGAUGAACACGCGAUAAUUCCAGUCACUUGUCCCUCGACGUGAUCAUUACGCGACUCGUGUCUGAGCAUCUUCCACCGUCGAGCAGGACAGAGAGAGGGAUCUUCCUCCAACAAUUCCCUUCUCCUCCAUCAUGGCGUCCCUGCCUCCUCCCCCGCCUCCCGGCUGGGGUGCGUCGGCGCCGCCCUCGAUGCCUUUGGCUCCGCCGCCGCCAGGAUAUCAACCUCCGGCCGACCCGAACGUCGCAAAGUUCGCCCAGAAGAAGAAUGAAUGGCUGCGGACGCAACGUAACCGGUUUGGCGAGAAACGGAAGGGCGGGUUUGUCGAGACCCAGAAGGCCGAUAUGCCCCCGGAGCAUCUCCGCAAAAUCGUCAGAGACAUCGGCGAUGUAUCACAAAAGAAGUUCAGCAACGAGAAACGUAGCUAUCUGGGUGCGCUCAAGUUCAUGCCGCAUGCCGUCCUGAAACUGUUGGAGAACAUGCCCAUGCCUUGGGAGUCUGCCAGGGAAGUCAAAGUCCUUUAUCAUGUCAAUGGCUGUUUGACACUCGUGAACGAAACUCCCCGCGUCAUCGAGCCCGUCUUCCACGCCCAGUGGGCCACCAUGUGGGUGUGCAUGCGGAGAGAGAAGAGUGACCGGAGACACUUCAAGAGAAUGCGCUUCCCUCCAUUCGAUGAUGAGGAACCCCCAUUGUCGUGGUCGGAGAACAUUGAAGAUGUGGAGCCUUUGGAACCUAUUCAGAUGGAGCUCGAUGAGUCUGAAGACUCUCCGGUCUAUGAAUGGUUUUAUGACCACCGGCCCCUGCUCGAUACUCCUCAUGUCAACGGACCGAGCUACAAGAGCUGGAACUUAAAUCUUCCACAGAUGGCCACACUCUAUCGACUCAGUCAUCAGCUGUUGAGUGACGUCGUCGACCAGAACUACUUCCACAUGUUCGACUUAAACAGUUUCUUCACCGCCAAGGCCCUGAACGUCGCCAUCCCCGGUGGCCCUCGCUUUGAGCCGCUCUACAAGGAUAUCGACCCUAACGAUGAAGACUUCAGCGAGUUCAACGCCAUCGACCGAAUCAUCUUCCGCGCUCCCAUCCGAACUGAAUACCGCGUCGCAUACCCCUACCUGUACAACACACUUCCCAGAAGCGUCAAGCUCUCUUGGUACUCUCAUCCUCAGAUCGUCUACGUCCGGACCGAAGACCCCAACCUCCCUGCCUUCUACUUCGACCCUGUGAUCAACCCUAUCUCCUCCCGGUCCGUCGCCCCUAAGAACAUCACGGUCAGCCAUGAAGAUGAGAUCUUCGGUGAUGGCGAUGAGGACGACUUCGAACUUCCCGCCGACUUCGAGCCUUUCUUCGCCGAUGAGGAACUUUACACCCCGGACACGGCCUCCGCCAUUGCUCUGUGGUGGGCUCCUCACCCUUUCAACAAGCGGUCCGGCAAGAUGGUGCGCGCACAAGAUGUUCCCUUGGUCAAGCAGUGGUACUUGGAACACUGCCCACAAGGUCAGCCUGUGAAAGUUCGCGUUUCUUACCAGAAGCUUCUCAAGACCUAUGUGCUCAAUGAGCUGCACAAGAAGAAGCCCAAGGCCCAGAACAAGCAGAACUUGCUCAAGACGUUGAAGUCCACGAAGUUCUUCCAGCAGACCACCAUCGAUUGGGUUGAAGCUGGUCUGCAGGUCUGUCGCCAGGGUUUCAACAUGCUCAAUCUUUUAAUUCACCGCAAGAACCUCACCUACCUCCAUCUCGAUUAUAACUUCAACCUGAAGCCUGUGAAGACCUUGACGACCAAAGAGCGAAAGAAGUCCCGAUUUGGAAAUGCUUUCCACCUGAUGAGGGAAAUCCUUCGCCUUACCAAGCUGAUCGUCGACGCUCAAGUACAGUACCGAUUGGGUAACAUCGACGCUUUCCAGUUGGCCGAUGGUAUCCUCUACGCCUUCAACCACGUCGGACAGUUGACUGGUAUGUACCGUUACAAGUACAAGUUGAUGCACCAGAUUCGUUCCUGCAAGGACUUGAAGCAUCUUAUCUAUUAUCGGUUCAACUCUGGACCCGUGGGUAAGGGUCCUGGAUGUGGUUUCUGGGCUCCGGCAUGGCGUGUCUGGCUCUUCUUCAUGCGUGGUAUCAUUCCUUUGCUUGAGAGAUGGCUCGGAAACUUGCUGUCUCGUCAAUUCGAAGGUCGCCACAGCAAGGGUGUUGCUAAGACCGUCACCAAGCAGCGUGUGGAGUCUCACUUCGAUCUUGAGCUCCGUGCUUCCGUCAUGGCAGAUCUUAUGGACAUGAUGCCGGAAGGCAUCAAACAAAACAAGGUCAACACGGUCCUUCAGCACCUUUCGGAAGCAUGGAGAUGUUGGAAGAGUAACAUUCCCUGGAAGGUUCCUGGUCUUCCCGCUCCCAUCGAGAACAUCAUUCUGCGGUACGUCAAGAGUAAGGCCGACUGGUGGAUUUCCGUCGCGCAUUACAAUCGUGAGCGUAUCCGUCGUGGUGCCACGGUGGACAAAACGGUUGCGAAGAAAAACCUUGGUCGUCUUACGCGUCUGUGGCUCAAGGCCGAGCAGGAACGGCAGCACAACUACCUCAAGGACGGUCCCUAUGUGUCGUCUGAAGAGGCUGUGGCCAUCUACACGACCAUGGUGCACUGGCUUGAGUCUCGCAAGUUCUCGCCUAUUCCGUUCCCCAGUGUAUCUUACAAGCACGACACGAAGAUCCUGAUUCUUGCUCUCGAGCGCCUGCGCGAGGCUUACUCCGUCAAGGGCCGACUCAAUCAGAGCCAGCGUGAGGAACUUGCUCUCAUCGAGCAGGCUUACGACUCCCCCGGAACUACUUUGGCCCGUAUCAAGCGUUUCCUUCUGACGCAGAGAGCGUUCAAGGAAGUUGGUAUUGACAUGAACGACAACUACAGCCACAUUAACCCUGUGUAUGAUGUUGAACCUAUUGAGAAGAUUACCGAUGCCUACCUUGAUCAGUAUUUAUGGUACCAAGCGGAGCAGCGCCACCUCUUCCCGGCUUGGAUCAAGCCUUCGGACUCGGAGGUUCCUCCCUUGCUCACAUACAAGUGGGCUCAAGGAAUCAACAAUCUAUCCAAUGUAUGGGAGACCGAGGACGGUGAGACAAACGUGAUGAUCGAGACAGAACUCUCUAAGGUCUAUGAGAAAAUGGAUCUUACUCUGUUGAAUCGCAUGCUGCGUCUGAUCAUGGACCACAAUCUGGCCGACUACAUCACCUCUAAGAACAACGUGCAGCUCAGCUACAAGGACAUGAACCAUACCAACAGCUACGGCUUGAUCCGGGGUCUGCAGUUCUCUGGCUUCGUGUUCCAGUACUAUGGUUUGAUGAUUGACUUGCUACUUCUCGGCUUGCAAAGAGGUAGUGAGAUGGCCGGUCCUCCCCAAAGUCCUAACGACUUCCUCCAGUUCAGGGACCGUGCAACCGAAACCAGACACCCCAUCCGUCUGUACACCCGCUAUGUGGACAAGAUUUGGGUCUUCCUUCGCUUCUCCGCAGAUGAAUCCAGAGAUUUGAUUCAACGUUUCCUGACUGAGAAUCCUGAUCCCAACUUUGAGAACGUUAUCGGUUACAAAAAUAAGAAGUGCUGGCCACGCGAUUGCCGUAUGCGUUUGAUGCGACACGAUGUCAACCUGGGUCGUGCCGUGUUCUGGGACCUGAAGAACCGCUUGCCUCGGUCUAUCACUACUAUUGAAUGGGAUGAUACUUUUGCCAGUGUCUACAGCAAGGACAACCCGAACCUCUUGUUCUCUAUGAGUGGGUUCGAAGUCCGCAUUCUUCCGAAGUGCCGCAACCAGAAUGAGGAGUUCUCGGUGAAGGAUAGUGUGUGGUCCCUAGUUGACAACUCGACCAAGGAGCGGACGGCGCACGCUUUCCUGCAGGUGACGGAGGAGGACAUCCAGAAGUUCAACAACCGCAUUCGUCAGAUUCUGAUGUCAUCCGGUUCGACCACCUUCACCAAGAUCGCCAACAAGUGGAACACCGCCCUCAUUGCCCUUUUCACCUACUACCGUGAAGCUGCUGUGUCCACUGUCAACCUUCUGGAUACCAUCGUGAAAUGUGAAACCAAGAUCCAGACCCGUGUCAAGAUCGGAUUGAACUCCAAGAUGCCUUCGCGUUUCCCUCCCGCCGUCUUUUAUACGCCAAAGGAACUGGGAGGUUUGGGUAUGAUUUCCGGUUCGCACAUCCUCAUCCCCGCCAGUGACAAGCGCUGGUCCAAGCAGACGGAUACCGGCAUCACCCACUUCCGUGCGGGUAUGUCUCACGACGAGGAGACUCUGAUUCCCAACAUCUUCCGCUAUAUCAUCCCCUGGGAAGCCGAAUUUAUCGAUUCUCAGCGCGUGUGGAUGGAAUACUCCCAGAAGCGGCAGGAGGCUCAACAGCAGAACCGGCGCUUAACGUUGGAGGACCUGGAGGACAGUUGGGACCGCGGUCUGCCUCGUAUCAACACUCUGUUCCAGAAGGACCGCAGCACCCUCAGUUUCGACAAGGGCUUCCGUCUCAGAGCGGAGUUCAAGCAGUACCAGUUGAUGAAGAGCAACCCCUUCUGGUGGACAAGCCAGCGGCACGAUGGUAAAUUGUGGAAUCUCAAUGCCUACCGUACCGACGUCAUCCAGGCGCUGGGUGGUGUUGAAACUAUUUUGGAGCACACUCUUUUCAAGGCUACCGCUUUUCCUUCAUGGGAGGGUCUAUUCUGGGAGCGCGCUUGUCUUGCCAAGGGUACUCAGCUGUUGCGUUACGAUGGUUCGAAGAUUGCUGUCGAGGAUGUCAAGGAAGGUGACUUGCUCCUGGGACCUGAUGGAGGGCCUCGCCGUGCGUUCAACAUCGUCAGUGGUUCCGACCCUCUCUACCGCAUCAAGAUUGGAGGUCACAAAGAAGAUCUCGUGGUAACCCCCAACCACAUAUUGGUCCUCCACCGCGAAAAAGGAUCUGAAAACAGUCACGAACAAGACAAUGCCCAUCCAGAGGUUUCGGCAACAGAAAGAUUCGAUACUGUCGAGUUGACUGCAGCUGAAUUCGCAGCUCUGGACAAGAAUGAGCAGUGCAAAUACCGGCUGUUCCGAUCCCCGGGUUUCGAACUGCCGGAAGUUGAUGUCCCUGUCAAUCCUUACUUCUUGGGACUCUGGCUUGGCGAUGGUUCUCGCAGUGGAUCAACCAUGUCCAACAACCAACACGAAGCGGAAAUUGUCCGAUUCCUCCAAAAUCAUGCAGCCGAACUCGAUUUGCAGCUUGUUCAUUAUGCAAGUCUCGGCUACUUGACGGUAGGUAGGACAAACAUUGGAGAUCGCCAGAUGCCGCCGGCUCAAAGUAAUCCAGUCGACCGGCCCGGAGUUCGUCGUGCGCGACAAACCAUCGUGAAGCAGCGUCUUGCCGCUGGUUGGACGACCCAAUCUGGGCGUAUGCCUGGGGAAGUCAGAAUCUGGAAAGCACCAGAUGUCCAAGCCUCCGAGAUUUCAAAUCUGGGCCCGAAAGUCCCUCAAACCGGAGUAAAGCAUUGCUUAAGCUGCUCCCAGGGAGAAUCUCAGCCCCUAGCUCCACCAGCAACGGUUCCUGAGACUCCGAUUGAUCGUCUGGCUUAUCCUACUUCCGAGCUAUCGGAGGCAGAUGGCGACAUUCCCGAAGAGUCUAAACUUGAAGAGUUCGACUUAAACCUGGUCAACAUCAUUGAAGAUGCCGAUGAAGUCUCGGACAUGUCGAACAAUAUGGAUCUCGCGAAAUCUGAAGAUUCAGAGGAGAAUUUUGAGCGCAAGCGAGUCCAUCUUCAGAUCGGUCGUGCUGCCUAUGGUGAACUGCUUCAUGAGGAGCAAGAACAAUUGAUUGAUGGAAUCCUCGAUACAACUGAGCGAAAGCCUGACAUCAACUCUCUACGUGUUGCUCUUGACGAAUUGCAGCUACUCGCGCAUGGUGAAAAAGGUGCACAGACGGACAAGAAACGUAUCCCAUCAAGUUAUAUGAGGAAUUCCCGAGCUGUCCGGCUUGCUGUUCUGGCUGGAAUACUCGAUUCCGACGGAUGGUAUGUCUAUCCCGAGAACAUGUUUGGUUUCGCUCAGAGCAAGAUUUGGCACUCCGAGUUGUUCUGGGACGUCGUCAAUCUGGCACGAUCUUUGGGCUUCAGUGUCUGGACAACCGAGCGAAUGAUGUGGGAACCCACUCGGCGUGAACGAACGCCUCACUUACUUGCGCAAAUCUCCGGAAACAUCUCAGAAAUUCCCUGUCUCCUCCUUCGAAAGCAGGCAUGCGAACGCAUUAUUCCUCAAAUGCAUAGCUUCAUGAUCGAGGACAUCUCCCUUGAGUCUGAGGCCACAGAAUGGGCUGGUUUCAGGGUUGAUCAAGACCAGCUUUAUUUGCGACACGAUUAUUUUGUCCUCCAUAACUCCGGUUUCGAAGAAUCGAUGAAGUUCAAGAAGCUCACAAAUGCUCAAAGAUCUGGUUUGAAUCAGAUUCCGAACCGUCGGUUCACUUUGUGGUGGUCUCCCACUAUUAACCGUGCGAACGUGUACGUGGGUUUCCAGGUACAACUGGACCUUACAGGUAUUUUCUUGCACGGAAAGAUUCCUACCUUGAAAAUCUCUUUGAUUCAGAUUUUCCGUGCGCAUUUGUGGCAGAAGAUCCAUGAGUCUGUGGUUAUGGAUCUGUGCCAGGUCUUCGACCAAGAACUCGAGCAGCUGGGUAUUGAGACCGUGCAGAAGGAGACUAUCCAUCCACGUAAGUCUUACAAGAUGAACAGUUCUUGCGCGGAUAUUCUUCUUUUCGCCACGAACAAGUGGAACGUCACCCGUCCUUCCCUGCUAUUCGAUACCAAGGAUGUGUACGAGCCGACGACCACUAAUAAGUUCUGGCUUGAUGUUCAACUGAGAUACGGUGAUUACGACUCGCACGAUAUUGAGCGAUACGUCCGUGCCAAGUACCUGGACUACACCACCGACAGCAUGAGUAUCUAUCCGUCGGCGACUGGUUUGAUGAUUGGCAUUGAUCUUGCAUACAACCUCUAUUCCGCUUACGGACAGUACUUCCCUGGUUUGAAGACUUUGAUCCAACAAGCCAUGGCAAAGGUCAUGAAGGCGAACCCGGCUUUGUACGUGUUGAGAGAGCGUAUUCGCAAGGGUCUGCAGCUGUACGCUUCCGAAAGCAACCAAGAGUUCCUCAACUCUCAGAACUAUUCCGAGCUCUUCAGUCCGCAAAUCCAGUUGUUCAUCGACGAUACCAACGUCUACCGUGUGACUAUUCACAAGACCUUCGAAGGUAACUUGACGACGAAGCCUAUCAACGGUGCUAUCUUCAUCUUCAAUCCUCGCACUGGACAGCUUUUCUUGAAGAUCAUCCACACCAGCGUUUGGGCGGGUCAGAAGCGUCUCGGUCAGUUGGCGAAGUGGAAGACGGCCGAAGAAGUCGCAGCGCUUAUUCGAUCUCUGCCUGUUGAGGAGCAGCCCAAGCAACUUAUUGUCACGCGUAAGGGUCUUCUGGAUCCUCUUGAAGUGCAUCUGCUGGACUUCCCCAACAUUUCUAUUCGUGCUUCGGAACUCCAGUUGCCCUUCCAGGCUGCCAUGAAGGUGGAGAAGCUCGCUGACAUGAUUCUCCGAGCGACUGAGCCUCAGAUGGUUCUGUUCAACCUGUACGAUGAAUGGCUGAAGUCCAUUUCUCCUUACAUCGCCUUUUCUCGUCUGAUUCUGAUCCUGCGCGCGCUUCACGUGAACAUCGACAAGGCCAAGAUUAUCCUUAGACCUGACAAGAGUGUCAUCACACAGGAGCAUCACAUUUGGCCCUCGUUGUCGGAUGAGGACUGGAUGAAGGUUGAAGUUCAGUUGCGCGACCUCAUCCUCAAUGAUUAUGGCAAGAAGAACAAUGUCAACGUCCAGAGCUUGACGAGCAGCGAAGUCCGUGAUAUUAUCCUGGGUAUGGAGAUUAGUGCGCCUUCUCUGCAGCGCCAGCAAGCUGCCGAGAUUGAGAAGCAACAGGAAGAGCAGAAGCAGCUUACCGCUGUUACAACGAAGACACAGAACGUGCGGGGCGAGGACAUCAUCGUCACGACCACGUCGCAGUACGAACAGCAAUCCUUUUCUUCGAAGACGGAGUGGCGUACCCGUGCUAUCGCGACGUCCAACUUGCGUACCAGGUCGAACAACAUCUACAUCUCUUCCGACGAGGUCAGGGAUGAAGGUUACACCUACAUCAUGCCAAAGAACAUCCUCAAGCGGUUCAUCACCAUUGCUGAUCUCCGUGUGCAAGUUGCCGGUUUCCUCUAUGGUAGCUCGCCGCCCGAUAACGAUCAGGUCAAGGAGAUUCGCACGAUCGUCAUGGUGCCGCAGGUGGGUAACACGCGCGAGGUUCAACUGCCACAGCAAUUACCUCAGCACGAUUACUUGAACAACCUUGAGCCUCUUGGUGUGAUCCAUACUAUCUCCGGCAAUGAACCACACUAUAUGACGGCCGCGGAUGUGACGCAGCACGCGCGCUUGAUGAAUGCCCAUUCCUCCUGGGACAAGAAGACGGUCACGAUGACUGUUUCCUUCACCCCUGGAUCGGUCUCGCUUGCCGCGUGGGGACUCACUCCCCAGGGUUACAAGUGGGGUGCUGAAAAUCGGGACAUGACUUCCGACCAACCCCAAGGGUUCUCGACUAGCAUGGGAGAGAAGUGCCAGCUUCUGCUCAGUGACAAGAUCCGUGGAUACUUCCUUGUUCCGGAGGAUAACGUGUGGAACUAUAGCUUCAUGGGAAGCUCUUUCGGCAGUGUGGAGAAGCGGCCAGUGUAUGUCAAGAUCGACACGCCUUUGAAAUUCUACGACGAUCAGCACCGCCCAUUGCACUUCCAGAACUUUGCUGAGCUGGAAGAUAUCUGGGUGGAUCGGUCGGACAACUUUGCGUGAGUGAUGACUUGGGCGGCGCUGGAUGAUCUUAUGUAACGUUUUCCUUUUCGUGGGUUUCGAUUUUUUUUGGUCUUAAUAGCUAGCCCUGUUCUUUUCUUUCUCUUCAUUUUCUCUUCUCUUCUCUUCUCCCGUUUGUCUUCCUUUUCCAGCAGAGAGAUUCUUUACCCCACUGCAUUUUGUUGCAGCGAUUAUUGGUUGGCAUCUGGGAUCCAAAAAUAAGGGGGGGAGUGAUGGUGAUGAUGAGCCAUGGGGUUGGUUUCACUCUGUUACUGUAUCAUAAUUGUAUGUAACUUUUAUGGUGUCUUAGAGAUGCCAAUGGAAUGCAA